GGAGAGACCCGGGGGAAAGGGCUGGGGCCGGGCAGGAAAGUGACUCUGCAACAACGGCCCCUCCUCGUCCGAGCUCCGCUCCCGGGCGGGGUCUGCGAGUCCCAGAGCUGCUGCCCUCCCUGACUCCCCAAGGCUCUGCCCUCCUGAGCUCCUGCAGGAGCCGAGCCAGCUCCGGGAGAGCGAACGCCCCGGGCCAAGCCAGGGACCUCUCCCGGGCAGAGUUUUCAGAACUCGGCGCGUUGGGUUCACGGUGGGAGCUGAGCGGUUUGGCGAAUCCGGCUCCAAUUCUGGGUGCUCAGCUCUUGGAAAUAUGCCCCCUGUCUCCUUGCCGGAGGGAUUGGGGAGUCAGAAACUAAAGCUGGGGAUAGGAGUCGGGUUUGCCAAAUGUCCAGACAACUUGGGAGCACAAGUGCCAAGGGAAUGAUACAGACAGUUUCUUUCUCACUCUCACACUGUUUUUUUCUGGAAGCUGUUUACAUAGACAAAGCUCCAGAAACUCUGACCAUUAGUUAACCCCGGUGUAACGGGGGUGGACUGGAGAAGAAAGUUGUAACUUCGUAAUCAGCUGUAACUUCAAAGAGGGGAGAUCCGCUAGGCCAUGACCGAUCACCCCUAAGUUGUUGGCUUCUUUGACCUUAGAUUGGCACUAUUUUGUUUUCCAGUUUUCAGGUAUUAUAGAAAAUCUCUUUAUAGUCCUGUCCCCAGUUACCUAUGUCAGUGUAUAAAAGCAAUCCCAGGGAGCAGGGCUUUGGAGCUGUGCUCCGGCUCCACUCCCUCUCCAGGCAAAAACCUGCUGCUCCGCGCUCCAGCUCCGGGCUCCGCUCCAAAGCCCUGCCAGGGAGAACACGUGUCAUUUAUUUUGUAUUGGGGUAGCACCUAGGCCAGGGACCAACUGUUUUGAGCAAACUUGCAGUAAAUGACAGACCCUGUCCCAGCUACAUUCAGACCCCUUCAUUCCAUGCAGGGUUUCAGUUUCCUAAACUUCAGAGGAUCCCUUGGAUGGAGCAAGAGGAAAAGCCAUGUGUCCUGGAUCUCCAGGUCUCCUCAGAAGAGGAGAUCCCAAGUGAUGCUAGCACAGAACUGGACACAAGAUUCCAGCAGUGGUGGCACCAGUACCAAAUACAGAGGUGACGGGAUGGUGAGCGAGAACGAGGAGGAGAACCUUCAGCAGAAAAGUCCCGAGCCAGUGGAACUGCACAGGUCGGUAGCAGGAGAAUGUGAAGGGAACGUUUCCCAAAGCCCUGACGAGGGAGAGGCCUGUGAGAGUGAGGACAGGUCAGAAGAGCAGCAGGUGGAGAAACUAGCUGUGCCCAGUCCCUGGGAGGGCAGCUACCAAGAGCUUGGAGAUGCCCAGCAGGCCCUGCAGGUGGGUGGGAAGCAGAACAUCUGUGCCGAAUGCGGGAAGCACUUCUCCCGGCGCUCGCACCUCAUCAUCCACCAGCGCAUCCACACAGGUGAGAAGCCCUACCAGUGCUCCGAGUGCGGGCGCCGCUUCAGCCAGAGCUCCACGUUGAUCAGCCACCAGCGCACCCACACAGGCGAGAAGCCCUACACCUGCCCCGACUGCGGGAGGAGCUUCAGCCAGAGCUCCACGCUGCUGACCCACCACCGGCUGCACACCGGGGAGACGCCCUACAAGUGCCUGGACUGCGGGAGGAGCUUCAGCCAGAACUCCACCUUCAUCAUCCACCAGCGCACCCACACUGGCGAGAAGCCCUACACCUGCCCCGACUGUGGCAAGAGCUUCAGCGUCAGCUCCUACCUCAUCACACACAACCGUAUCCACCGCGGCGAACGCCCCUACAAGUGCCCUGCCUGUGGGAAGGGCUUCAUCGACAGCUCCACCUUCGUGCGGCACCAGCGCACCCACACAGCAGAGAAGCCCUACCGCUGUGCCGACUGUGGCAAGAGCUUCAGCCUCAGCUCCUACCUUGUGAAGCACCGCACCCUGCACACGGGUGAGCGGCCCUACAAGUGCACCGAGUGCGGCAAGCGCUUCGGCGAGAGCUCGGACCUGUUGCGGCACCACCGCACCCACACUGGCGACAGGCCCUUCCAGUGUGCCCAGUGUGGGAAGAGCUUCGGGGAGAGCUCCACGCUCACCCGUCACCAGAGGACCCACCUGGGAGAUAAGCCCUAUAAAUGCACUGAGUGUGGGAAAAGCUUCAGCCAAAGCUCACACCUGGUGAAACAUCAGCGGCUGCACGUGGGAGAGAAGCCCUACAAGUGUACGAAAUGUGGAAAAAGCUUCAGCUGGAGCUCAGACCUUAUUGUUCACCAGAGAAUCCACACAGGAGAGAGACCCUAUAAAUGCCUCGACUGUGGGAAAAGCUUCAAUCGGAGCUCGAACCUUAACACGCAUCAGAGAGCCCACAUGGGAGAGGGCCCCUACAAUUGCACUGAGUGUGGGAAAAGCUUCAGUUACUGCUCCUCCUUCAUUAGACACCAGAGAACCCACACAGGAGAGAAACCCUACAAAUGCACCGAGUGUGGGAAAACCUUCUUCGAGAGUUCGGCCCUUAUCAGGCACCAGAGGAGCCACACUGGAGAGAUGCCCUACAAAUGCACCGAGUGUGGGAAAAGCUUCUUCGAGAGCUCAUCUCUUAUCAAGCACCAGAGGAUCCACACCGGAGAGAAGCCCUACAAAUGCCCUGACUGCGGGAAGAGCUUCAAGCAGAGCUCAUCCCUCAUCAAUCAUCUGAGGACCCACACCGGAGAGAAACCUUACAAAUGCACCGACUGCGGGAAAAGCUUCACCGUGAGCUCUGCUCUGAUUAGACAUCAGAGGAUCCACCUGUGAUAGACACCAGCUGCCAAUUUCCCUUCUGGGGCUUGGCCGCUGCUUACGUGAGGCCUGAAGAUAGAUCUGGGAACCAGAACAGGCAGCUGUGGAUCCUUCGAGGUGCUGGGUGUUGGAAAGGGCCCUCAGAAAACCUGGGUGUUUGGUCUCUUGUUAUUCAUUCAGUGACCUUGUCCCAGUCUGUCACUGAAUGGAGCUGCCUGGAGAAGGACUAUGCUGUUUGGGCUGAUUCAGGCAGGGGCUGGAUCUCACCAGGUGUCAGUAUGGCCGUGAUGGCGCUCCAAUCUCAGAUGGGUUGUCUCAGUAAUGCACAUAUUAACAAUUAGAAAAGACUGGCCCUUAUUUUCCUCUUUCCCUGGUGGUCUCCUCAUCUUCCUCUCUCUCUCUUUCCCCUCUGUCCAGUCACUGGAUUGAAGAAGACCCAGGAGAGUCCCUGAGAGAAUGUACAGAGGUAAAGGAGAAAGCUGUGAAUCCGAGCUGUCCAGUCAAUGAAACACCCCCAGAGCCAGGGGGAUCUGGGCAUGAGUGUGUUGUGUCCCAGCAGGUCUCCAGGAGGUGCCAGCUGGGUGGGGGCUUGCAGAGCUAGAGGAGGAGAGGUGGCCAGCUGACACAGAGGCAAAGCCAAACCAGACAUCAGGCUGAUCUCCUGUGUGCUGGCGUGUAUUUGAAGGGACACUUCUCAUGUAUCAGUGGAGACCCAAGGGGCAAGUAUUGCUCAGGAUCUGAUUGGAUGGCCCAGUGAAGGAUUUUUCUGUGUUUCCUGUCUGUAACUAACUCACAGGGCCCCAUGUCUAAACGCAGCUGGGAAUCACAUUUGGUUUUAGCCCCACAGUAACAUCCCUAACCCAGGCGACCCAGCGACAACACAGACACAGGUUGUAGUGAAGAUGGAACCUAAUCCAAUCUUCCCUAAAUGGGUUAAAAGCUCAAGCUUCAGUCUGUGAACAAGGACAUAACUAGACACCUUAUGACCAUGUUAAAGUCAGGUGAGGGGAAUCUGUGCUGUAACCGGGACCAGCGUGAUAAAUGUUGCAUAGACGGGGCCUGGUGUCUAUAGCACAGUUUUUCCUUACAGGUGGGAGGCAUCAAAACUGAAGUUCUAACCCUGUUAAUGAGUUCAGCUUGAAGCCUGGAACAUGCCCAGGCUAGAGUAUGGGCCUCUAACAUGUUUAUUUGCUUGUCCACAUAGGCAAGAAGAAACACUGUAAUUACACAAUCUGGCCACAAACUUAUUCAAACAUGCUGGGCCAGAACCUCAGCUGGUGUAAAUCAGUGUAGCUUUGACACCAAUGGAGCGUUGUCGAUUUACACUAGCUGAGGAUGUGGCCAGGUGAUUUCUGUAGGAGCUCUGUAUGGGGGCUGUCUGCACUCUUUCCAUUUUCUGCCUGCCCUAGUAAAGAAGCUUUGGUUACUGUA